AUGGAUCAACACAUGCAAGAUGCCCCGGCUGAUGUGCUGGCCGAUGCCAGGCGGACGCUUGAGGCUUUGAAGAGCUCGGGACUCUCGCGCGAAGUGUUGUUGCAAAUGUGGGAGGCCGGCGAAGACAGGACGCACCAGCUCCAACACCAACACCAGCUCCACCACCAGCACCAACAGCAACAAACACCACAAGACGCUCCUAUGGAGGAUGCUUCUACACGAGGCCCCUCCACUACCCAAUGCGCACCCCAGCCCUCUGUCGGUGCUCCAGGCAACCUGCCCCAGGUGGCGAGCGCGCAAACAGGAUGGGGACCCGGCCGUUUCAACUUUUAUUGGUGCACUUCCUGCGAGACACGGUUCAAGCGCAAGUACGACUGGAAGCGUCAUGAGGAGGAGUUCCAUGAGCGCUGGAAGAAGUACCCUUGCCCUGAGCCUGGCUGCAACAGAAGUUUCUGGGGAGCAAACACUUUCAACCAACACCACAAGGCCUCGCACGGCUGCAAGACGUGCCCUCAUUCUGAAAAGGUAGUCAAAUAUCUCAAGCGGAGGAAGUACUGGGCUUGCGGCUUCUGCUCGGCUCUUCAUCCUUCGCGAGAACGCCAUGUCGAGCACGUAGCUCGGCAUUUUGAGUCGGGGAAGACGAAGUCGGAUUGGAUGCACUCGAGAGUUAUUUACGGCCUCCUUCACCAGCCUCUGAUCCACGAGGCCUGGAAGGACAUCCUCAUGUCCAAAGCGAAUGAGUUCAGCGGACGUCAGCCCAACUUCAGCUGGAAUCCCACACAGACCGGUCGUGCGCAGGGCUUCAUGGAAAAUGAGAGCCCAGGUCAACUGCAAGACCUUCUCGAGUUCUUCUCUGGUCCCAGCACCGAAGCCGAGUCUAUAGUGUCAAUCGCCUACAAGCUUGCCGACCUCGUUUUUCUACCAGUCCCGGCAUCACCGCCGAUGCAGUACUCCCAAUGCUACGCCCCUCCUCCUUCGGCUCUCCCGCAACAAUACCCGCCUCAGCCCCUUCUUCCUCCUCCUUCGAUACCCUCUCAGACUUUGCCGACUCAGUCGCCCCAGCCUCCCGUACUGGCUUCGCAGGACUCAUCACCUUCACCAUUCAUGGACCAAAUGAGGGCCCAAUCAAUGAUGCCACAGCAGAUGUUCCACACGCCACAACCGCGUGCCAACACUGAGCCUCUGCGACGAGCAUCUCUCGAUAGGGAGCUACCGCCACCACCACAAGAAAAUCAGCCAAUGAACUUUCAAUUUAUGCCCGAAAAUAUGGUCUCGUUUGAAGACUGGGAGAGCUUCUCUAGUACCGUCGUUGACGAGAACGCACCGCAACCUGCGCCAAUGUCAACAGAAUGGCCAAUGGUUCCUGUACAAUACUACAACGCCCCUGUAGGGCCAUGA